AGUAUUCUAACCAACUAUGAUUCAGUAGAGAUUACGCCAAGUACUCGGCAUUAUUUUUUCGCUUUAGGUUGUUAUAGAUGUGAAAAAGAAUUACAAACAUAGAAACAUAGAAAACACUUUGUUAGAUCAGAAAUUAAGUUAAUGUUCUUUUGAAAAUUAAAAAAUGGAUAUUUUAGUUCUGUUUGUCAUUUAUCAUCUAUUAUUUGCAGUAUAUGGAUUUAAGAUUAUUACCAAACGAAGCAUUGAUUUAACUGCUGCAUAUUCGUCAAAUAUGGACGAACGAUUACCAAGAGACGUGUUGCCACAGGAGUAUUUAAUUAAUUUCUAUAUAAACUAUGAGGAGAAGCGGUUUAAUGGUAACCAGACAAUGAAGUUAAAAUGGGAAAAUGAUACAAAAAGGAUUGUGUUCCAUUCACAUCGCGAUCUUCACAUCCGAGAUCGGUCUAUUGAUUUACGAAAAUGUUAUACUGAUGAUAGCAAAAAUAUAUUGGAAGAUAUUUCAGUUGCACGUAUUAGCAAGUCUUACAAGAAGUCUAUUUAUACACUUCACUUCAAUAGCUUUAUAAGACGAGGAUCACAUUGUGAGCUCUAUAUGGAAUUUGAAGGUCAUAUUUGGACGAAAGCAGAAGGAUUAUUUUACGGCAGCUACAGUGGUGAUAACAAAAACGAACAGAUUCAUUACAUCGCCACUAAUUUGCAUCCGAAUAAUGCAAGAAGAUUAUUUCCUUGUUUCGAUGAACCAGAAUUUAAGGUUCCUGUCACUCUCUCACUAUCAAGAUCUAAAAAUUAUGUCACAUUAUUUAACAGUCAACUGAAGUCAACUGAAUCGCAAUUUUUCGGGGAUAAGGAAUAUGUUAUUGAUAUAUUUGAGAAAUCUCUUCCAAUGUCAACUUAUAACUUGGGAUUUAUGAUAACGCAAGAAAAUAAAUUUAUCAAUUGUAAAGGAGAACUAAAUGGUGCAAUGCCAAGCAUAUAUUUAAGGACUUAUAGAGAUGUACCAGAAAUGAAACAGAUCUGCGAAAACAUAUGCAAGAUUUAUAAAAGUAUCGUAGUAUAUUUCAAUAUUUCGCUACCCGUGGAAAAAUUGUAUAUUGUAACUUUACCCGAAGUGUCAACAGUACGGCCGCUAAGCAGUUGGGGAAUAUUAAUUUUAAGCGAGAAUGACCUGAUGCAAAUUGGGAAUUUUGCCUUGAUUCAGGAGUUAGUUUACCAAUGGGUUGGAGUUUGGAAAACACCUUAUUGGUGGAGCGAAAUACAAAUUAACAAAGCCAUUGUAAACUUUGUUGCAGUUGAUAUCGCAUUAGAGAUUUACCCUGGGUAUGAUUUUGAAGGAGGAUAUCCAGUGACAAUGCUAUAUUCUUUAUAUAAUGAGCUUAGUAAGCGUUAUCCACACUCACGUAUUACCGUAAUGAAACAGGAAUCAGCGUCUUUCAAAGCAGAGCUUGUACUUCGGAUGCUUAAUUAUACAUUAAGUAAAAGCACACUAAAAUUUGGAAUUCGUAAAAUGGUUAGCAAUCAAACAAAUAAUGUUUUCUCUGCGAAAAUCAUUUGGGAAGCUAUUAAUAAUCAGGCUAUCGAAGAAAGCAAUAUAAAUCCAUUAUACAGCAUUUCUGAAAUAGCUGAUUCCUGGAUUUCUAACGAUCGCCUGCCAGUAGUUUCAUUACAACGCAAUUAUACAUCAAACACAGCCAAAAUUUACCAAAAAAUGUUUCUACGGGAACGCCCUCAUGAUGUCCAAGAUCAUGAUAAAAUAAUUUGGUGGAUCCCCAUAGUUUUAGUUGAACAAAACAGAUUAGACUUCUCAAACACAACACCAUAUCUGUGGUUGGAAAAAACAACGGAAACAAAACUAACGAAUCUGUCAAAUCGUAAUUCCUUCGUCAUAAUGAAUCCGGAAGAGAUAGCGCCAUUUAUAGUAAAUUACGAUCAACAAAAUUGGAACAUGAUUUCAAAUUAUUUAAAAAAUGAAACACAUUUGGAAAAAAUACCAGCGUUAACACGCGCAAAAUUUAUUCACGAUGCCUGGAACUUAGCAUAUGCAGGUGAUUUGAGCUUCAGUAUUGCUCUCGAUGUGACACUUUUUCUUCAAUUUGAGCGCAAUCAUAUUGUUUGGAAUCCAGUAUUUACACUAAUAGAUGAGAUCGGCAGACGCAUAGAGAUUUCUAGAGUACAUCAUAAAUUUCAGAAAUACGUCACUUAUCUCUUAUCACCUCUCUACGAAGAGCUCACCAGGGAAGGGGACAAUGGAAGCCAUUGGAAAAUUAAAUUACGAAAAUUAGCAAGGGAGUUCCUUUGCAAAGGUGGAUAUGAGCCGUGUAUUCAAGAAGCGCGGUAUACUUUUCAGAAUUUAAUGGAUCAAAACAUUCUAGAAUUCGGAAAACGGCUUGAAAAUCUGCAUAUUUGUCCAAUUUUAAGAUGGGGUACAAUGGAAGAGUGGGAACUCAUACUAAAGUAUGUCAUAAAUUUUCCCGAAAAUGGAAUAAAGAGCGAAAGAACAUUUCUACUGAAAUCAUUAGUUGGAUGUCCGAUGCAAGAAAAUAAAAUUCAUCACUUACUAAAUUUGACGCUAUUACAAAACAACUCAGUAUUCUCUAACGGGGAUUUAUUUAUAAUUAUUAGAACAUUAGCCAAGGAAUCUGUGGGAUAUAAAACUCUUUUUGAGGUUCUGUCGAAUAAUUUUAUGGAAAUAAAAGUUCGUUUUCAAAAUGAAACCAAUCUAUGGGACAGUAUAAUAAGUUCGGCUACUGGAAUGUUUAUAACUCAGCAAGGGUAUGACAAGGUUACACAACUAUAUAGAACAUUCCGAGGAUUUUUUAAUAGCGCAGAUCAUAUUAUUCAAACAUCUAUGAGAAAUAUCAAGGAAGAAGUUAAAUGGAGUAAUGAAGCUAUUCCGGACCUUGAGAAAUGGCUUGACAAUUAUUUUAACAAAACACUUAAAUAAGUUUUGCACUUAACAAAAAAUAAAUGAUUAAACAUUCAA